AUGAAGAAAGUCAUAUUUUUCAUUCUCUGCCUACAAGAAGUAUGUCGCGCAAGUCUGUUACGUCAAAAAACACUUUUGACAUAUUCGCUCCCAGAAAACAGACAUCUUAAAAGGGCAUUGGGUUAUACCGAAGACACGUAUCUCAACUUUACUGAAUUAGCCACUAAAUACAGAUAUUCAUCAGAAGAGCAUACGGUGAUUACCGAAGAUGGGUACGUCUUGAAAGUAUUUAGAAUUUUAUCUAAAUGCAAAUCAUUUUCCGCAAGCUUACCCAUUAUAUUGAUGCAUGGACUAUAUGACAGUUCUGACUUGUGGAUAUUGAGCGGUCCGCAAACUGGCUUGGGGUACAUCCUCGCAAACAAUUGUUACGAUGUAUGGGUGCCAAAUCACAGAGGUAACUGGUAUUCACGGAAACAUUUGACAUUAGAUCCCAAUAAAGAUAUCGAGUUCUGGAAUUUCUCUUUUGACGAACAUGGUUAUUUCGACAUUCCCGCUAUUAUAGACUAUGUUACUGAAGUAACUAAUAAGUCAAAAUUAUUUUACGUGGGGCACUCCCAAGGUACGACUGAUUAUUUCGUCGCAAUGUCUUUACGACCUGAAUACAACAAUAAGAUUCAACUGUCCUUUCAUCUUGCUCCAAUCGCUUGGAUGAAAAAUAUUAUCAGUCCCAUUCCAAAAUCCAUUGCUGAAAUAACAAACGAGAUUAAAGUUAUUUUAGAUUUCUUGGGUAUUGGUGAAGUAUUCGCAAGGCGUCAACUGUCGCAUAUAAUUUUAGAAUUUUUCUGUCAAUAUGUCCCACAACUAGUUUGCGGGACAGGGUUGGCCAUCACCACUGGCUUUUUAAAAGGUUCAGUGUCUUCAAGAAUUCUAGCUGUGGCAUUUGGUCAUUUGUUCGCUGGUUCAUCGGGCAAAACAUUUGCACAUUUUGGACAACUAAUACAAUCGAAGAAUUUUCAACGUUAUGACGAAGGUAAAAUAGGUAACCUAAAAAAAUAUGGAAUGGAGAUGCCACCACAAUAUAAUAUUUCCAAAAUUGUAUCUCCAGUUAUCCUAAUAUGCGGUCAAAAUGACUGGGUAUCAUCUUUGAGAGAUGUGGAUGAACUAAGUUCUAGGCUAGGAAAUUUAAUAGAAACAUAUGUUGUACCAAAACCGACCUGGAGCCAUAACAAUUAUCUUUGGGAUUUAGAAGCACCUAAACUAGUAUUUAAGAAAAUACUUGACUAUCUAAGGCGAUCUGGUACGUAA